AUGAAGAGAUCCGUCACGACCAUUCCCAGCAGCAAGAUGCUCGCUUACGCUGAUGACGACUUAAUCAGCCUCGCUGACUCUGUUCUUGAGAGCAGCGUGGUCGUCAGUCCCACUUCGGUAUCGAUGACAGCCAAUCGACGCAAGCCAGCACAGCGAGACAGCUUCUCCGACCUCACAGGCCUGAUGAAGGCCAAGAAGCCGUACACGCCUAUCCCACCAUCUUCGCCAAGAAUGCUAUUAUCGUUUGCGACCAAUGGCGUGCGAUUCGCCAGCCGCGUCGCCAGCGGCGGCAGCAUGGUUUCGCCUUUGGCACGACCUUACCACACCGAUGGCUCCGUAGCGGCGUAUCUACAAGACCAAGCUCGCUCGCCUACCUCGGACGUGACUGAGCCUACCUCAGAAUACAGACAGGAUGACCUGCGGCGCCUCGAAUCGAUUAUUCAGGAACUCAAGGACCUUCCCAUCGACGAUGACGACAACACGACUAUGCAUCAACCCGCUCAUACAACGUCUACAACCACCGCUGAGCCUCUCCUUCCCGGCUUUGAACCACUUUCCGUACGCGCUGGACCGAUCUCCCCACCCACACCAACCGAGUCCACCAGACCCAUGGUGCUGGAGGAAUCCGUGGUGCGUGUCACCAUGCAUGUUUGGGACGCCAUGCACAGAGAUCUGGAAGCACUCAAGAACGAGAAGCGGGUGCUGGAGACCAAAAUUGCGCGACUGGAGAAGCAGAAGGCUAACCAUCAUGUGGAGGAACACAACGACGAAGAGCUAACGCAGAUUGGCAAGCUUCAGUUCCAGAAUGAGCAGAACAAGACGCAAAAAGCAACGAUGGCUCGAGCUCUGUCGGAGAAGGACAUCCAGAUCAAAGAACUGCAGCUGGAGAUCAACAAUUUCAAGGACAGUAUGGAGAUCACGGCAAACGCAGUCAAAGACCACGCUGAUGCUAUUGCGCAACGCGACUAUCUCCAGGCUAUAUCGAGGGACGACGGAGAUGGUGCCUCAUGCCUCCUUGCCAACUUGACUGACGUCAAGAAUUGCGAGAUCGAAAGUCUGUCAAAAAAGAUGGACGACCUUCAGGAGAAACUUGAGGUCUCCAAGAUAGAACGCGGCGCGGUUGCCAACUCCAACGAACUCAAGGCUACAGCACAGAAUCAUCUUGAUCUACUCAAUCAGCGUGAAAAGCUACUUCGAUCCUCGCAGGAGAGGUACGCAGCCGAACAUACGAAGGUGGGCAAGCUUGAAGACGACCUUGAAGAUCUCCAGCAAAAGCUAAAUCAGGUUGGUGACCUGCAAGCCAUGCUCUGCGAAAAGAGCAGCGAGUGUGACCGCUACCGUAACCAGCUCAAGAACCAAGAGAAACGUGUCGAAGAUCACAAGCAGCGUGCUCUGCGUGCAUCCAACAAUGGAGCAGCUCUCCGCGGCGCUGCCCACUUGGUGAAGCCGCAUGCAAGCACCAAAUUUUCUGUACUUGCCCUUGGUUGCUCCGAAUGCUACGCCAAGAAUUUAUACUGCGAUAACAAGGCUCGCUGCCGCAGCUGCACGGAGAACAACGAGAAAUGUGCUCGCUGGCGAUGCAGUCUUUACCACAUUUUGGGUCAAUGCCCAGACACCCCAUGCCGUUUCCCUCAUGAUGAACAAGGCUGGCUCUGUCACGUUGAGCCGAGACCCCAGUGGUGA